AACAUGGUUUCCUUGAUGACUGGUCUGUGGCAACUAGUUAUUCCUAUGCUUGUCCUAUCACACUUCUCAGCAUCUCUUCCAUCCCGGGAGAGGACUGAGAGACAUGCUGAUGGGCUCUUUCACAGUGAGCUCAGCAAGAUGAAUGGCAAUGCCUACGUGCAGCAGCUAGUCAAACACCUGGUGGGCCUCAAGGAGAGGUCCCAGAGGCACUCAGAUGGGUUGUUUACCAGUGAAUACAGCAAGAUGAGAGGAAAUGCUCAGGUUCAGAAAUUCAUUCAAAAUCUCAUGGGCCGCAAGCGCAGCUCUCCAGACCCAGUCAACACAGAUGUGCAGGGGAGAGAGGAAGAAAACAGCCAUGAAGAACUUUGCUUUAUGUGGUUGUACCAGAGUUUUCUAAACACCAGCCACUCGGACGAUGAUGCCAGGGAAGCUGCUGCAAUUACCAGCCAGUACAUUUGCCCCAUCUCUAAGCAGCUGGUUGCUGACAUGAUGGAAGAUACAGGCAGUUUUGACUGA